GUGUCUUUUGUCCCUUACUGUAGGACCAGGUAAAAUUACAAAUGUAAUAAUAUCUAACACUAUUAAGCAGUAACUUUGUGUCAGACCUUGAUUUCGAUGCUUUAAAUGUAUUAUUAACUCAUUUUCUCCUCACACCAACAUCUUGAGGUCAUCACUAUUAUUAUCUUUGUGUUACAGAUGAGACGCCUGAAGCUCAGAGAAGUUAAGCAAAUUGCCCAAGGUCACACAGCAAGCUCAGCGACUCUCAUCUGAGAAUAAGAAAAUGCCAGUGAGUCACUCCUGCUGAAGACACCUGUGUGCAUGAAACAGCAAUCAAGGAGGACAAGGCAGAGGUCAUAUCCCAAGUGACCCUCUGCAGAAACUUUUGUAACUGAUGUUAACUCUUCCUGAACACACUUCACAGCGUCUCUGCUGCUGCUCCUGCUGCUGCUCCUGCUGCGUCUGUAUGGUCUGUCAUCAGUUGGAAAGGCUGCGAGGGUUUAGAGGAACCGCAGUUCUGAAGACGGAGCACUGCUAAGUGGUCUCCCUGUCAAACAAAGUAGACAAGCGUUUCUGCAGGACUGGAAACUCGCACUUAUUACUGCUUCAUCUAUCUUAAUAAGCAGGCAGCACUACAGAGGAAAAGGGGGAGAGAACCACGGUGAUAAAGGCAGGGCACUGGAAAGAGGAUGUGUUGAGAAGUGUUUCAGAAAUACCUCCAGCCACUAAAGAUGGAAAACGAGACAGUAAGUGAACUGAACCAAACACAGCUUCAGCCGCGAGCAGUGGUGGCCCUAGAAUACCAGGUGGUCACCAUCUUACUCGUGCUCAUUAUCUGCGGUCUGGGCAUCGUGGGCAACAUCAUGGUAGUCCUGGUGGUCAUGAGAACCAAGCACAUGAGGACCCCCACAAACUGCUACCUGGUGAGUCUAGCAGUAGCUGAUCUCAUGGUCCUGGUGGCUGCAGGCCUGCCCAACAUCACGGACAGUAUCUACGGUUCCUGGGUCUAUGGCUAUGUCGGCUGCCUCUGCAUUACUUACCUCCAGUACUUGGGCAUUAAUGCAUCCUCUUGUUCAAUCACGGCCUUUACCAUCGAGAGGUACAUAGCGAUAUGUCACCCCAUCAAAGCCCAGUUUCUCUGCACAUUUUCCAGAGCCAAAAAGAUCAUCAUCUUUGUCUGGGCUUUCACAUCCAUUUACUGUAUGCUCUGGUUCUUCUUGCUGGAUCUCAAUAUUAGCACCUAUAAAGAUGCUACUGUGGUGUCCUGUGGCUACAAGAUCUCCAGGAAUUACUACUCACCUAUUUACAUAAUGGACUUCGGUGUUUUUUAUGUUGUGCCGAUGAUCCUGGCCACUGUCCUCUAUGGAUUCAUAGCUAGGAUCCUCUUCUUAAAUCCCAUUCCUUCAGAUCCUAAAGAAAACUCUAAGACAUGGAAAAAUGGCUCAAUCCAUCAGAACAAGAAUUUGAAUUCAAAGACUUCUAAUAGAUAUUUCAACAGCACGGUAUCUUCGAGGAAGCAGGUCACCAAGAUGCUGGCAGUGGUUGUCGUUCUGUUUGCCCUUCUAUGGAUGCCCUACAGAACUCUUGUGGUUGUCAACUCAUUUCUCUCCAAUCCUUUCCAAGAAAACUGGUUCUUGCUCUUUUGCAGAAUUUGCAUUUAUCUCAACAGUGCCAUCAACCCCGUGAUUUACAAUCUCAUGUCCCAGAAAUUCCGUGCAGCCUUCAGAAAGCUCUGCAAGUGUAAGCAGAAGCCCACAGAGAAACCCGCUAACUACAGCGUGGCCCUCAGUUACAGCGCCAUCAAGGAGUCCGAUCGUUUCAGCACAGAGCUGGAUGAUAUCACUGUCACUGACACUUACUUGUCUGCCACGAAAGUGUCUUUUGAUGACACCUGCUUGGCUUCUGAAAAAACCGUUGGCCAAAGUUGAUUCAUGGAAUAGAAGAAAACAGAUGACAAAGUAAAUGAGAAUCUGUGCGCUUAUCAACCCAAGAGAGGAAACGGCCAGUACUCGUCUGUGAAGACAGAGCAGAUCAAGUCUACCGUUGUGCUAACAAAUCCUGGCCCAAGUUGCUGUAACCCAUGAGAAUGAUUUUUUUCUUCUCCUCUCAAAAAAUAUAUAUCAUAAGAAACUGAGUGGAUCUGUGAAAGAUGCAAAUGGUGGAAACUGAAACUGUAGCCCUUUCCCUUUAAUUUGAGAAAUUCACUGUAUUUUCUGGGGCUAUGAAGUUUAGAUAAAAUCUAGACAUAAGUUUACCUUAUUUGCAAUAACUUUAUCAAACGUAAUUUCUCACCCUCCCCCAAAUUAUUUACACGUUUGGUGAUUUGGCAAAAUGCAAAUUUAAUGUUUGCAUUUAGCAUUUCAUUUAAUGAAUAUCUGGGACUACAGGGGAAAACAGAAAAAACAUCUUACUUACUGAGGAAAAAUGAGAUUUCAGACAAAUAUGUUCACCAUAUGGAAAAAAGUCAUAAUGCUGAUAAAAUUCUGAGUUGAUUUUUAUAUCUUACAAAGUAGACGGUCAUCAUUCAACUUUAAUGUAAACUUCAAAAUAGCCAAACUUCAAAAUAGCCAAAAUUACCAAUUGAGAAGACAUGUAGAUUUGAUAUUUAGAUAAAUCCAGCUCUUCACUCAUGGAGCCUUCAAAGGAUGUGUGAGACAGCAGAAAUAUCAAGAUUAAGUAACUGGGAAGAUACAUCCUAACAUAUAAUUAACACUGAAAAGUAUAGCCAAGACAAGACCAAGUAUUUAAAAUAAGGUUUUCUUUUUUUCUCUGAAACUCUUAAGGAAGAAAACCUUUUUGAGCAUUCUUGUAUAUAAACUACUGAGCCAUGUCAAGCGAAUCCUUCUAGCUGAACCUAGCUUACAAGUCUGAAACAUCCUCGGAAGUUUAAUUCCUAUUCUAAAUCAGCCAAAGUCUGACUGUCACAUUUCCAGGUGAAGACUCCCCGCUGAGCAUUGUAGUCUAUGGAUUUUAACUUGUCUGCAAUUGUCUUUCCUUCCUGCCUGCCUGCUUGUCAUUUAUAGGUUCUUUUUUUUUUCCAAGUGCUAGCAGUAUUUUGUUUACAUAUUCUAAACCAAAGCGAUGCAAAAUUCUGUUGGCUUUAUUUUCAGUAGAGCUAAAACUGAUUUUAUCUCAUUUUCAAUAUCUCUUUUCGUUAUGACUUAGAGCUGCUAUUCUAUUCCAGUGAUUAUUAGAGAGGUGUGAAUGUGAAUCUGUCAGGUCCUACUUUCAUCUCUUUCGGUUGACUCAUCUACUAAGAUUUGGCUGAUCGGUACCUCCCAGUGUGAAAACCACCCUUGGUCAUGGUUCAGUAAUAGCUGAUUUUUAAUGACUAGGUCAGAAAGUGCUGGGUACUUUUAAGUGCCCCACAGACUGGCAGUUUCCCUCUCCGGGGUAUAUCCUUAUCUUGCAGAUUUUUUCUAAAACCUGAUUGGUAAUGAUAAGUACCCCCACACAAACCUCUCUUUGAAGAAAAUGUCACUCUAUUUUGGAAACUUCAGUUUUUAACUGCUGCUUCAUGGAGACUCUGCCAUCCAGAACCUCGGUCCAGAAACACUUUGCUGAAAUUUGGCCUCAUUGACUCCAUGAAGACAUUCUUAUCCUGUCAAACAAAUUCAAGCAGAUACUUACAGGAAAUACCCUAAAAGUCUAUAUGCAUGACACUAAGAAAUCUAUUUUAACUGACUUUUCAUCCUGGAUUAAAUAUUAAUUUUGGAACCAUAUAGACAGAGCACUAGAGUGACCCAACCCUGAAUCACACACGUCUGUGGGCAGGAGCAUACAAACACACACACACAGGUGCAUAAAUUGCUUAACAAACAGAAUUGGACUAUAUUAGAUUUUCUUUGUUAGGGAAAGAACUGAUACCAUUGUCUUGGACUUGCUGUUAGAUAUUGAAUCAACAUCAUCUUCAUCACAGUCUCACUGCAGCUAUCAUUUCUCUUCUGAUAACACCAGGGAUCAGGGAUUAAGUCCCUAAAUUGUGUGGAUAUUGGUGAGAGAAAAUGAAGAAAUGUCACUUUUUUCUUUUUCUUUUUUUUAAGCCAGCAUGCUAAUUAAAAUUCUUGCAACAGAUGGCUAAAUGAUAAAAAAAAAAAAUACAUACUUCCCGGAGUGGCAAAAUCAGAUGUUGGAAAAAAGUACGAUCAGUUUUACAUGAUAAACACAGAGCACAAUAUACUCCUCCCACCUUUGGAAAUUUAAUAUGUGGGUUCAGUUUUUCUGUUUUAAUGUUUGAAAAGUUGUUUGCUAAUAAUCUUUUAGUUUUAGACCACAUGGGAAAUUCAAAAGAACAUAGUCCAUAGUAUUUCAACUCUAAAGCAAAUGCCAUUAUGAAAUUAAAAGUUCCCAUUCAAUAUCCAGUAGAUAUUUGAGUUUACACAGCAGAGAUAUAACUUUUUAAGGUUUUUUUUAUCACACUGUACUAAAUCACAAAAUAUUGCCACAAAUAAUCAAAACAAACCAUCAAAUGAAAAAGAAAGAGCUAGGUUAAAAAUUGCUGACACAGUGAAGUAACGUUAUUAAGGUCUCCCUUAAAAAAAUUCCUUGAGUUAUUUUAUUACUUCCAAUUUCAUUAAUUGCUGAGUGUCUUUAGUUAGAUCUUGCACCUGAGGUAAUUAGGUAACGGGCACAGAUCAUGAAUAAAACAAGCAAACAUAAAUUUGCUCUUAAGAUUUCUCCCUCAGUAUUAUGAGUAUAUUUCUAGAGCUUCACUCCAACACAAAUAUUCUAAAUGCUGAAGAGAAAUGAGAAAAAUGUAAACUCUACAAUCAUUCUUAAACAGGUUAAAUACACAAAACAAUACCCCUUGACAACAGACCAAAAUAAAUGGCUGAUUUGAGCUAAACAUCUAGUUAAAUCAAAGGAAAACUAUAGCCAUAAAACUUAGGUUAGUGUAACUUUGUCUUAAACGGAUACUUGAAUUGUUUCAUUUUCAGAAGCAUGUGUUGGAAAAAUAAUAACAAUAUGUCUUAGUAAAGCUGAGAACUGCUCUUAAAGAAGAGAAUUACAUCACUCUAAAACAUGUUAAAUCCAUAAACAUAACGGAAUACAGGAAAGAUCAAUUCCUUGGAGGAAAAGGAGAUUUUAAAUAGUUUACCCAUGGCUCUGUGAAUUCUAUACAUAAUAUAUUCAACAUUAUUUAUGUCUCUCAACUGCAACUCACAAAGAAGUUGGAAUAUUUGUUCAUGGAGUAAGACAACUGGAUGUGAUGAGAGAACAUCUACAACCAGUCAAUUCAGGUUCAAAGAACAUUUAUUUCAGAUGUCUGGAAUCACAUGUUUUCCUUGGAAGAAGCAGAGAAUGAACAUCUCUAGCAACUGAUUUUCUGUUUAUCUGUAGUUGUUCACUACAGAUGUAAAUAACCAUCAAAACCAAGAUUUGGCUGAGUGACUGUAAGUUUUUAGAGUAAAACACAUGAUAAAGUCUUACAGCGCUUUGUAGAAUUAAAUGGAUUUUUCUCUCCUUCCCCACCUCCCCCAUAAAACUCCUUUCCCUGCACAAACAUAGUUUUCCUCAGAUCAGCCAGUUUUAUUAUCUGACUUCUUUCAAGACUAAACCUGGACAUGAACUAUCUUAAGUAUAAAAAUAUAUGUAUGUAUAUAUGGAAACAUUUUGUUAUUCUGAACACUUAUGUUUUCAUAAAACUGUGUUCAAACUGUGGAAGAACUGAUGCUUCUAAAAUUUCUAUUUAAGUUAUGUCCCUAUUUCCAUGGUGGGUAAGUCAUGUGUAGAGUUGAGCUGCUCAAUAUGGUUUUUUUUCCACACAGAAUGAAGUAGAGGUCUGGUGUUUCAGAGCUUCACUGAGAAAGUAGUAAAAGAAUAAUACUCCAUAUGUGAAAGACUGCAGAAAUUUGUUUAAGAAAAUAAGUCUCUUCUCAUUCUUAAGCAUUUCACAAUCCAAUGAAGAAAAAUAAAACCAAUAUGAUAUUACCUCAGGAUAUAACAGUUUGGCAGUAUUUAGAACAUGAAUUAGAGACAUCAGAAAUGUGUUAAAGCAGUUAAGAUCAUUUAUGUAUUAUCAUUCUAUUUUAUGAACUAUAAUUAGAAAUAUUGAUUAAUUCUUCAUUGAUCACUCAGAGGAAAAAAGGUCAAAUAAAGCCCUGUAGUAUUUUUGUUUUUAUGUUUGGUCUCUAUGUAUAAUCUCAAAUCACUCAGCAGAAAAGCUUAUUUACAAGAGUGCCCAUCGGGGAAUAGUUUUGUUCGUGAGGUGGUUAGAACCAAAUGGACUAUGCUAAUAUAAACUAAAUUCUACAUGGUUCUGAUGUUAAUAUUCGAAUAAUCUCUUUGAAAAGAAUUGCCGAGAAUGUUUGUAGACAAUGUUGCCAGACUUGUUUACAUUUUUCUCCACCAAGUACAUUUAUGGCAAAUGCAAAAAGAGGUGAUUGAUGUACAUUUUGGAAAUUACGUCUGAGAAAAUGAAAAGGCUGGAUGAAAUAGUACUGCUGGGACAGAACAUUGUCAGAACUGUCAAAUCUGGAUCCCGCAAGAAAACAAAAGACAGUUUUAUGGCCAAUAAACAGCAAAUCCACACAAUGAUUGCCUGUACCUCCUCAGGGAGGAGCAUCUGGGUCAAGUCCAUACUACAGGCUCUCAGCUGAAAUACUGGAAAUGAAAGCACUUUGAAAAUUACAGAAGUUAAAAGAAUGGGAAUAAACAAUGGAGUUGCGACUUAUUUGAGCCUCAAAGCAACACUGAUAAGUGAUUACGUCAUUCCUCACAGGAUAAUGGACUUAAUGUUUGUGCCUAUGGCUGUCCUCUGACUUGCAAAAAAGAGAGUAUGAACUUUCUCAAAAACGUUAUGGACUGAUACUGAUAAAGAUGGAGAUUUUCCAGAAAAGAAAAUUACAUAAAAUAUGGCAGUAGAAAAAGAUUCUGCUUAACCGCAGGUCUGAAUUCAGAAGCCAUAAGAGCAGUUUCUGUAUUCCUGAAAUGGCAAAAAUGCCCCAGUAAGGAGGCUAAAUGUUUACUCCUUAACCAGGAAUAAUAAACCACUCCCACUUUGCUGUACGUAAGAAUUACCAGGAAGCUUAUGCCUGUAGCCCUCUGACCACAGCUUGAAAACCACUGAGUCAUGGUCCCCGAUGUAGGGCCUGCAGGCUCUUAAUCAUCAUGUAAUUCUUAAUAAUCAAACUUACUCCUUGGGAGUAAGUCCAUUUCAUCUUAGUAUUCCACAAAUUAUCUAAACCUGGAUGAUGUUCCUAAGUAUCGGUUAAAUGAAGGAGUAAAUGGAUGAAUUUCAAGCUAAGGAAUACAUUUUUAAAUUUUCUGAUGAUGUCUGAUAUGCACAUCUGAUGAUGUCUAGAUCUGUCUGCACCAUAAGAUAACUAGUUCUAUCUGGUUUUUAUUUUUUUAAACAGUUCUCCCAGCUCAGCGAAAGGCACUGCAUUAAGUGUGCCAGGUGUUGGUCACAACAAUUGCUCACAUAUGCACAGUGCCUGACAAUGCCAGUAGCACUGCCACAUCCUAAUUUGUUCAUGAGAAAUAAAGAAGACUAACACACCACCUCUGCCCUCAAGGAGAUUACAACCUAGUGAUAACACUGACACAGAAACAAGAACUACAGAAGACAUAAUUAGAAGCCAAAUUGUGUGAUUCCAGGCUGUAAACAACUGAGCUCUUCAGAGGAAGGGGAGCAUUUCUAGGACCUGGAGUUAUUAAGGAGGAGUUUGUAGAGAAUAUGGGGCUUCUUCCAAGGAUGCAUUUGAUUUAGAUCGUUAAAGAAAAAACACUGUGUAUGGGAGAAAUAAGAGAAGUGAGGGCAAGGAGACACAAAUAAACCUUAGAGCAGGACUCUGGACAUUAAGGCUGUAUGUCCAAAGUAAGUCCAUUUCAUGAGAGAUUAAGGAAGUCAGCUAGUCCUUUAAUAUUUGUCAUCGCCAAUUAAACCCCAAGCAAAGGAAAAGUAAGUGAAGUCAAGGACCUACCUGUACUUAACGUUUGGAGAGGAAAUACUCACCCACACACUAGAAUAGAGAGUUAAAAAGAGUACAGGUCACCUAUGUUUAUUUUCUAAACAUUUCACUUACUAUAUAUAGAAAAUAUAGUAUCCGAUUGUCUUAAGUGUUAUCAUUCUAAAAGUAUUCUUAUAGUCUUAAUUUUUGAAGUGAAAAAUACGUGUAUGUGUAUACAUAAAUAUCCUUGUUUCUAUAUUAUAUCAUCAUCACAUAUUUUAAAGUAUUUAUACCUGUGUAUAUUAUUCAGGGGUCCUUAACAACUCUGGAUUUAUCCAGUUUAUGCUCACCAUAGAAAUCAGAGCUAGCUCAGGGACCUUCAUGAAGUUAAGCUUCAAGAUUAAAUAUGAAUUGGGAAGCACGUAGUGAUUCGCUCCAGAUUCCUUGUGACAACAUCAUGGACUUGCAUGUUGCUUUUGAUGUGCUUCUGAAUAUGCUGGCUUCUUUCCACCAGUUUUAGAAAGUUUUAUGCUGACUCAUUUCAUCACUUGGGAAUUAAUUGCUAUAUCCUUGUAGGACAAGGACUCUUCCUUAAGAAAGUACAAUAUUCUGUGCUCUGCUGUGGAAAACUGUGUCUGUUCCAGUAUGUGUAUUGUGAGUAAUAAAGCAUCAAACUGAAAGAACCGGCUCUUUAGUUUUCUUUGUCUUCCAAAUUAUUUCACUUUUGGUACAAUUUGACCCUAA